GCCGCUGGCAGACGCGCCGGGCGAGUGGAAAGCAGGCUGGGGGCGACGCGGCGAGCUGCGCCCAUUUCCACCCGCGCCCGCCGCCAGCCGCGGAGCCACGAUGUUCCGGAUGCUGGGCAGCAGCUUCGAGGACGACCCCUUCUUCGCUGAUUCCUUUCUUUCACACCGAGAAAGUAUGCGCCACAUGAUGAGAAGUUUCUCUGAACCUUUUGAAAGAAACUUGCUCAGUGUAUCUGAUGGUAGAGGAAGAACACACAAUCGUAGAGAUAAUGAUGGUGAAGAUUCCUUAACUCAUGCAGAUGUCAACCCUUUUCAGACAAUGGAUCGGAUGAUGUUAAAUAUGCGAAACAGUAUGCAGGAGUUACAGAGAAACUUUGGUCAGCUUUCAAUAGAUCCGAAUGGGCAUUCGUUUUGUUCUUCCUCUGUCAUGACCUAUUCCAAAGUAGGAGAUGAACCACCAAAGGUGUUCCAGGCCUCAACUCAAACCAGGAGGGCACCAGGAGGAAUAAAAGAAACCAGAAGAGCGAUAAGAGAUUCUGACAGCGGCCUAGAGAAAAUGGCUGUUGGUCAUCAUAUCCAUGACCGAGCUCAUGUUAUUAAAAAGUCAAAGAAUAACAAGACUGGAGAUGAAGAGGUCAAUCAAGAGUUCAUCAAUAUGAAUGAAAGCGAUGCUCAUGCUUUUGAUGAUGAGUGGCAAAAUGAAGUUUUGAAGUACAAGCCUACUGGACGGCCACACAAUCUACAGAACACUAGAAUGCGAAGUGUGGGUCAUGAGCAUCCAGUGUCACGAGAACACAAAAGAAGAGAGAAAAUUCAUCGAAAUCCAGCCAUUGAGAAUGGAAGAAGAUCACACGUUUUUGCGGACAAACUCAACAUCAAAGGGUCACCUUUGAAAAUCAGCAAAAAAUAAAUAACAGUGCAUUUCAUUUGUUUAAUUGGUUGUUUAACAAAGAAAGUCAUGGUGCUAGAUAACAUACAAAAGACCAAUUUGUUGUUAAAUUGAUACAGUAAUUUGAAACGUUCUUCUGAAUCUGAAUGUUCUUGUAAGUUUUAGCUUUGCAUUGUUCAUAAUUUAGGAAUAAAAUUUUGAUUUUCAAUAAUGUGAUUAAAUUGGUAAACAUUCUAUAUAAAACUCUUUAAAGCAUACUCACUAAAACUCACAUGCUGAUUUUGCUUUCUCAGUUAUUUUGAUAUGGACUGCAUAUAAUACAUAUUAUAUAUUUUAAUAAUAGAUCUUAUAUAUACUAUAUAUAGUAUAAGUAUAUGUAUUCUUGCAUACUUUACCAUGAUUGAUUAUAGUUCUGAACUAGUUCUGUCAUUUAGUUCAGAGCACAAAAGUGGAUGUUAAAAUAAAAUAUACUCAAGCUUG